GCCAAAUAACACUUCGUCAUCUCUCGACCAAAAACAACCCAGCCUGAAGAACACACCCACCCACAACAACAACAACAACCAUACAAACACCAUCAAAAGCACUCCAACAUGCCUUCACUCGUCGCCCAACCACCAUCGAGUAGCCAAUCGAGCAACCAAGGCGGCAUAGGAUCGUACUACCAAACCAAGACCGAGUAUCUGCAACUGGCAGUCAAUCGGAAGACUCAGAACCUCAGACGACUCGAGGCUCAACGUAACUCGCUCAAUGCUCGGGUCAGACUCCUCAGAGAAGAGCUCCAGCUCUUGCAAGAGCCAGGAAGCUACGUCGGCGAGGUCGUCAAGGUGAUGGGGAAGAAGAAAGUCUUGGUCAAGGUUCAACCUGAGGGAAAAUAUGUUGUUGAUUUCGCGCCAUCUAUUCAGCUUUCCCAACUCACGCCUGCACUCCGAGUUGCCUUGCGUUCGGAUUCCUAUCAGCUCCACUCGAUCUUACCAUCCAAGGUGGAUCCGCUGGUCUCAUUGAUGAUGGUCGAGAAGGUGCCAGACUCGACGUAUGAGAUGGUUGGAGGGCUAGACAAACAGAUCAAGGAGAUCAAGGAGGUCAUCGAGUUGCCGGUCAAGCAUCCGGAACUAUUUGAUGCGCUGGGGAUUGCCCAGCCGAAAGGGGUGCUACUCUAUGGGCCUCCGGGGACGGGGAAGACGUUACUGGCUCGGGCGGUAGCACAUCACACCGACUGUCGGUUCAUCCGGGUCAGCGGGAGCGAACUGGUCCAGAAGUACAUCGGCGAGGGCUCGCGGAUGGUCAGAGAGCUGUUUGUGAUGGCCAGAGAGCAUGCGCCGUCGAUCAUCUUCAUGGACGAGAUCGACUCGAUCGGAAGCUCGCGUGGCGAGAGUGGAAGCGGCGGGGGCGACUCCGAGGUCCAGCGGACUAUGCUCGAACUCCUCAACCAACUCGACGGCUUCGAACCCUCUAAAAAUAUCAAGGUCAUCAUGGCCACUAAUCGGAUCGACAUCCUCGACUCUGCACUCCUCAGACCCGGUCGAGUCGACCGCAAGAUCGAGUUCCCUCCGCCCGGCCCUGAGGCACGAGUCUCGAUCCUAAGGAUCCACUCCCGAAAGAUGUCUCUCACCCGUGGAAUCAAUUUGAGAGCCCUGGCAGAAAAGAUGGGCAACUGCAGUGGAGCCGAGGUGAAGGGAAUCUGUACCGAAGCAGGAAUGUAUGCUUUACGUGAGCGUCGACAACACGUUACUCAAGAGGACUUGGAACUCGCAGUAGCUAAGGUCUUGAAACGCAACCUGGAUGCAAGCACUUCGACCACUAAGUUGUUCACAUAAGCUCGGGGGAACGGACGUGUCGCUGAAAAAAACUUGACUCGCUACAUCCCCCAAUCUUGGCCUCCUCUUCUGACAAUCUAGCUCACUGUAAUGAUCUAAUGUAAUUUGCUCACUGUCAUCGGUCAUUUCGAUGAUCUAUGAUGAUGAAACUUCCAAUCAAAUCCACCAUCACACGGCUUUUUUGAAUGAUCUUGCUCACAGUUCGGAUCUAAGUGAGGCGUCGUUAAAAGGUGUCAGUGCGGUGAUGGUACAUACAGUUUCCACUCAACAGUCAGAUCGGACGCUUUA